GAUCUCUUGGAACUAUUAGAGCGGUGGGGAUGACGUUAUCGUUCUAUUUAUAAGUGGAUCACAUGACGUACUGUGCGUAACGGCUGCCAGUAAUGAUGCAAUUUUUAUUUUGGAGUGGUGUAUUACAUAGCUAACUUUCAAGUUUUUCCACAGUAGCGAGAACAGAGCGGCAAAUUUUAUACUCAAACUCCUCCACUCUAGGGGUUAUCGCUUUCCAGCUGGAGAAAAAAACAAAAAAAAAAAACAAACAGCAAGAGCAACUUAUGAACUACCGUGAUUUGGGAUGCCUUAAAGUUAGCUUAAAUUCGUUUCUGAAUUUGUAGGCAAAACAGGUAAAAAGAACGAAAUAUUUCGUUGGAUUUUUGAGGUAAGACUUGAGUUGAUAUAGCAGUCUGCAAGGUAGGUUUGACUACAUCAUAAUAGCUGUUCCCCUUACACCUGUAAAAACUCGAAGAAGGUUUAUGUUGCGUUAUAUAAUAUUUAAAUUAUCACUUUAUCAAAAUGCCAUUAAUAUCCUUGUUUUAUUUAUGUUUGUUUUUACUAUUAAAAGGGUCGUACUCCACCAGGGGUAUAGCUACACCCCGAAAAAACAUUUUAAUUACUUUUGCGAAUCGAGGAUAAUCGGAAAACCUUCGCCCGCAGAAGGCACCGAUUCGAAAAUCGAUGAAAUUAUUUUUGUAUACACUGAGUAAAAAACUAUGAUGUUUUCUUGUUUUUUUCUUCUCUUUGUUUGUUUGUUUCUUUUUCUUUUUCGUUUUCGUUUUCGUUUCUUUUUCUUUUUCAGCGUACUCGCCUCAGUCGUAUUCAAGAAAGCCAUCCGCAGCAUUCGUAACGAUCUGGUAACGAAGUGAUGGUGCAAUAAUUUCUUGGCUAACGUGACGUAAGGGGAAUCCCCGACCCUAGACAGAAACGUCGUUUCUAUGUUUUUUCUAUUUCUUCGCAGAGGAAUGGAAAAGCUCUCUAAAAUGUUUAAUUUUACUGAUCCAAAACACGUAAAGAAGCUUAUCAAGAUCUUGGCAUACAUUUUCAUGAUGAAGUUUAGUCGUAGGGAAGGUGAUUUCAGGUGUAGACCACCUAGAACUUGCAAGGUUUUGAUUGUCUUCAUCUUCAUAUUAAAGUUGCUGCAAGCUGCUAAUGGAAGUUCAUGUGGAUACAAUGAAGCGCUUCAGUGUAGCAAUAGUAAUUCAAGCGAUUGUAGCUGUGUGAAGUGCUUGGUUUGCCCACCUGGAGAAGGGCUGUAUCCACAAUGUGGGUCUAGAGUAUUGAAGAACAACACAACCAUGCAAUGCAAACCUUGCAAAAUGGGAACAUAUUCAGACCAAAGGGAUUUUGGCUCAUGUCGUUCAUGCGAUCCUUGUGCACGUGUUGGACAAGAGACUUUAAGAAAAUGCACUGCAACACAGAAUGCCAUAUGCAAAAAAGGGUCUUGUAUAGAUGGGUUUCAGUGGGAUGAUAUGAUUAAAAUGUGUGAACAAGUACCUUUUACCCCCAGCAAGCAUGCACAAAGGAGCACCAUCUCUCAAAAAGCCAUGACAGUAAGACCAUCAACUGAUCAAGAAGGACCAAUAUUAGCAUCCUCUAACACAUCUGGCAAUGUUUCAGGUCCAAAUGAAACAGUACCGACCACCAUGAUAAAACAAAGGAAAACCAAACCCCCUCAAAUAAUACCCACCAGAACACCAUCAGUGAAAGAACAGCCAAUAUUGAAAUCCAGUAACAUGACCAGCAAGAAUGAGUCAGAUUCAAAUGAAAAAGUGAUAAAACCUAUCAAAGAAAUAAUAACAAGAACCCCAGAUUGGGCUUAUUAUAUUAUUGCCUUUUUGUGUCUUCUUCUUCUUCUAUUUCUGUGCUAUAUGGGCUUUAAGAAUAGGGAGAAGAUCAAAACGAGGUAUUUAAACCCUUUAUACUGCUCAUGCAAAAGAUUUCUGGUGACCGAUGAACAAAUAGAAGAUCCAAUUGAAACUACACCAAUGCAUCCAGAUCUUGGAGAAGAAGUAGAGCUGGAAGAGAUAGUUUCUUCCAAUGGACGAAGGGCUGAUAUGGAUCAAAUGCAACAAGGGGAAAGAGCAGUUCAGGGACCUGCAAGGUCUAGGUCUGAUGAACAAGAUCCACAAUUAAUGGUAGAUCAUGCUGCUAAUUCAAGCCCUAUGGAGCACCGAGGAGAGGAGGCCACUCGUAAGUUAAAUUAUGAUAUUCCUGAUCUGUAUGCUCAAAAAUUGAAAGACAUUCCAGAUGAUUUGAAGUGUAGCAUCUCAGUCAAAAUAAGCAAAAAAGUAUCAGGUUUGAAAGGAUGGGAAGAGAUGGGAGGCCUCUUUGAUAUAUCCAAGGAUACCCUUGAGGAAGUCGAAACACGAUGCUCUUAUGGAUCACAAAGUAAGCUUCCAGGUCAAGAACUGUUUGACCUUCUUGUGUCAAGUAAGCCAAAUCUUACUGUCAAAGAAUUCAUAGUAAAACUUAAGUUAAUUGAUAGAGAAGAUGUCAUUGAUCGCAUCCAUGAAAAAUGGAGUAAGUUGGUCAAAGGUCACACUUAAACAGUAUGUAUGUAUAAUGUGUAGUCCCAGAAAUUAUCCUUAACCCCACCCCCACUCUCCACGGAGGGUUUUUAAGAGACCCUCCUACCCCCAAGAAAGUACAAUUUUUUUUCCAUACAAACUCUGCAAUUUUUUUCUUUCUCUCACCCCCUUCCCCCUCCCCCAACUCUCAGAAAUUCCAGAUUCUUUAGAGGAGAGGGAAGGGUAUGGGUAAUUCCUUGAACUACACAAUCUUCUAGCCAUUCCAGAUGCCACUCCACUGCAUCAUGAUCAGUGCCAAUCUUAUCAUAUGGCAAUUGAGCGGUUAUUGAUUCAGAUUGCAUUUUUUAUUUGUUCCCCUUUCUUUAUUUUGAAGAUGUGAAGACUUGUCUUAAGUUGAAUAUGAAGUUCCCGCUCAAAUUUUAGCCCAAAUUGGAAUUCCUUAAAUCAGUGACUGGUUUGAACCAGCUGUUUUCUUCUCAACUUGGUGCUGUAUUAGUGGUCUUUGCCCUCCAAACUUAGUUGAUUUGAAUUGUUCCCCAAAUUUGGAUGCAUGAGAAGCAGGAGCAAGUUUAAAGUGGUAAACUGGGAGAGGAAUUAAGUAGAAAACCCACUUCUUCUCCCUGUGUGUCACAUUUCAAACUCACCCUCAUGCACUAGACAGGAAGAUAACUCAACUUGACAGGGGGAUUCUAGAGGGAAAAGACACAGCUUACACUAUGCUGCAUUUGUUGUCCCAAAUUAAAGCUAUGUGCCAAAAUGAUUCAGCUCUUGCACAGGAAUCAUAAUGCAGUGUUGAGUGGAGCAGCAUCUGGAUUGGAUCUUUAUAGCUGAUCAUAAAUUAGCUUUAUUUAAUUGUUGGCAUUCUUUGUGCAGCAAACAGCUAAUAUAUUAUUAUGAUCAGAGUCCAUUUUUAAGACUUAAAAAAGAAUUUAUCUGAAAAAGCAAAAUGUUAUAUUAUGCCAAUCACAGUUUUGAUAUUGUGUGGUAUAAUAUAAAGACAUGAAUCUGCACAGUUGCAGUACAGACAAGUACCCUGCAAAGCACUGCGUAUGAUGUCAAAUCUCAACACAGUGGGAGUACAGACAAAUACCCAUCGCACUGAGUAAAUAUGAGGACAGUUAAUGUCCACAUAGUGGUUGUCACUGACAAGCACCCAUUUGAAUAUGAAGACAGUUAAUGUCCACAUAGUGGGUGUCACUGACAGAGUCUUCAUUUGAAUAUGAAGACAGAUAAUGUCCAC